AUGGAAGAACCUAAAGUUGCCCAAUCCACACCUGAGACCCUACCUCCCUCCACACCUCAGACUCUACCCCCACAGAGCAAGAAGAGACCUCUCGAACAAAACUUAUCCAACUUUAAGAAUGCUCCUUAUUACAAGAUGCGCGCUGUUCUUAGAGAUCUUCGACCCCAUUUCAUAGAGGUGCUUAAGACCCCAAAUUUUCGAAAUUGCAAGGCAGCUGAUGAAAUUCGUCAAGGCAUGAAGGAUAUGAUGGAUCUGUACAAAGAAAUGAUGUCGGAAUCCAUCAAACUGGAGAAGUGUACUAAUGCGCCGGGCAACAUUGAAGACGAACAGAAUCUCAAAGAGCAUCAAAAACGUGCAAAAUUAUCAGAAAACUCUACAUCAGAAGCAUGUAACAGGGCUUUAGAUCAUCAGGUCCAAGGAGUGUCAUAUAUUGUUGGUGGUUCGGCUUUUGGGUGGAAUUUUGUCACAUUUCAGGGGAGCAACGCCGUCUACUAUGGUCGAACAAAAGAGUCAUUCCGAGCUGCUAACCCUCUCUGA